GCCGGCGGCGACCGACCGCGGCCCGCCGGUCGGUCACAGCGCCGCUGCGUGCCCGCGCUGACGUCCCCUGUGACGUCACAAAUGACGUCACGCCGACGGCGGUGGCGGCGGCCGCGGCGGCUGCCAGUCGCUCGCUCGGACCCGUGGGGGAGGGAAUGCGCGGGACGCUUCCGGACCGACCCAGACAUGGUCAUGAGCGUGAAGACCACCCAGCCCGUGCGCGUGGGCUUUUACGACAUCGAGAGGACCAUCGGCAAGGGCAACUUUGCCGUCGUCAAGCUGGCGCGCCAUCGCAUCACCAAAACAGAGGUGGCGAUAAAGAUCAUUGACAAGAUGAGCUUAACUCCCGAUAAUCUCAAGAAAGUGUACCGUGAAGUGGAAAUCAUGAAGCGCCUCAGUCACCCAAACAUCAUUCGGUUGUACCAGGUUAUGGAGACGCAGAGCAUGCUCUAUAUCGUCUCCGAAUACGCCAGCCAAGGCGACAUCUUCGAGUACAUUUCUCACAACGGCCGAUUGAGGGAGUCUGAGGCGCAGAGGAAGUUCUUUCAGAUCGCCUCGGCGGUGGAUUACUGCCACCGUCACGGCAUCGUUCACCGAGACCUGAAGGUGGAGAACCUGCUGAUUGACGGGUGCGGCCAGAUCAAGAUCGCCGACUGGGGCUUCAGCACGUUCUUCCAGCCGGACGGGGCGCUGACGACGUGGUGCGGCUCGCCGCCCUACGCCGCUCCCGAGGUGUUCGAGGGAAAGGUCUACACGGGACCCGAGAUUGACAUCUGGAGUCUCGGCGUGGUGUUAUACGUGCUCGUCUGCGGUGCUCUGCCAUUCGAGGGCAGCUCUGUGCAGGUUCUCAGAGAUCGCGUGCUGGCCGGCAGGUUCAGGAUACCAUUCUUCAUGUCCACAGACUGUGAGAGUCUGGUGCGGAAGAUGCUGGUGGUGGACCCGGCGAGGCGGCUCACCUUGUCACAGGUCCUUCGUCACCGGUGGCUACAGACGGGCUCACCGCCCCCGGCGCCUCUGCCGCCACCGCCACCCACCGAAAUCAACGAGCACGUGCUGAGAGUGAUGCAGGGCCUCGGCAUCGAUACGUCCGUCACACGACAGUCGGUACUGCGUCACGCGUACGAUCACCACGCGGGCAUCUACCUGCUGUUGGACGAGCGGCUGCGCCACCACCGCAGCAGCUAUCCGUGCCCUGCCGGCUGCGGCCUGGCUCGCCGGAGACCCAGCAGCGUGGCCGAACAGGCGGCGCGGCUCACUGCCGGACCAGACACCGCCGAGCCGACCCCCGCCCCCGCGCCCGGCGACGGUGGAGCGCCCUCCUUCGACGAGGGCGUCGAGGUGGACAUUGUCGACGAGCUGCUCCCGUCGACGGCGCCGACGGGGGCGUCCGGCGCGGGCGUCCGCCACCCGCCGGUGGCGAGGAAACCGUCGGACGGCGCGCUGGCGCCCGAGUCGCCCUUCGGCUCCGUCACUAGCACCGAGUCCAACAACUUCGAGUCGUUUGACUCGCAGAUGGAGCCGGACAUGUUUAGCAGCUCGAGUUCGUGCUACCAGCCACCGGCGCUGGCCAAGCCGCCGUGUCGGCCGACGCUCGCCUGCCGACACAGUGUGCGUCACAACCCGCUGGAGACGGCGGCUGGCGGCCGGCGCUCGCCCGUCAGCUUCCGCGAGGGCCGGCGCGCCUCGGAUGGCCUUGUCGCCUCUCAGGGUCUGGUGGCAUUUAGUCACCGUCUGAACCAGGGCCAGAAGGCCGGCGGCUUCACCGAGCUGAGCUGUCUCCAGCAGGAGCACGCCUGUCUGCGCGCCCAGGUCACCCGGCAGCGGCACGGCCAGCUCAAACGGCCUCCCAGACCUCGUUGUUGUUACAAGCCGGCCGCUGUGGCUGCCGAGCUGCUGCAGCCCGAGCUUCACUUCCAGCCGAUCGCUGAGGACGCAGCCGCCGGUGACGGCUGGGACAACCUGCAGUACAGCCUGGCCAACUGUCAGAUCACGCCUCGCCUCUCGGCAGACAGCUGACAGCCACCGCGCCGGCCAUGACCGCGACUGGGGGCGGUACGGCUCGGCAGGGCGGCACGCGCCGGCCGCCCGCCGCUCUGGCCCGAGCCGCCCCCGCCCCCGCCCCCGCCCCCGCCGACAGCCGGGACAGACCUCCCGGCGGCGUGUGCCGGCCCCACGAGGUUCGCGCCGGUGCACGAGGCGGCGACCAGGUAUGAGGUGGACAGCGGGCCGAGCGCGCUGACGGAGCGACGGAGGCUGUCCGGCCCGGAGACGGGCUGUCGACCGGCCCUCCGUCGGCAGCUGGGACUGGGCGAACUGCGCCGCGGGGGCAGCUGGGCAGAGAGACGGGAGCCCGCCGUCAGCACUGGUAACCGCGCACGGCGCACUCAGUCACUAGAGGCGGGAGGAGCGACUGCUCGUAUCACGGCCAGCCCGCCGCGGGCCGGGCCCAGAGGGUCACUGCGCCGGCGCAGCCGCUCUCUGGGGGAUGUGGAUCCGACCCGGCCCGAUGCCCCUCUCUGCCGCGACUGCGCGGUACACGGGGCCCACCGGCCGACUGACUGUGACUGAGAGAGGCUGAGGAGGCGGGCGACUGAGAGCGAGCGACUGUCUCUGUGUGUGCGGGUGACUGAGAUGUUCCUGAAUGCAGCCAGCACCGUAGGGCCGGCGUCGCUUGUCUAGCCAAACCAGCAAUAACCGGGCACAUACCGUUUGCCGUGCAUGCGUGCCCAGAAAGGUGUUAUUUUUGGAGCGGUCUAGGCCGGUGCACUGUUGUCGAUUCGCCGGCGGCCGGCGGCCGGCCAGUGCGUCUCUCAGGCAGCACACUGGCCCCGCCAGUGGGGACAGUGCGGCCGGCGGAGGGACUUCUCAUCAGCGCGGCGGCGCUGAGCUCACGGUUACCGCCGCCCGCGCCCGUCCGCGCCCACCGGCGUCACACGUAUAUUUACACUUAGGCCGUCGCGUGUAGCUCUAAAGAUGUGAACCAAACGUGGAUCGCGCGGUGGCAUGCGUUGGACUGUGGUGGUGGCAUCGCUCACAACCCGUCUCUGAGAGAAGGGACUCGCUGACCUCAGGCGUGCGAGCCCGGCUCUAUACCGACAUCAGGCGUUUUCUAGUCAGUCGGCGAGUAUGGCGCGCGCGUUUUGUACCGAUGUCUUAUGUUCAAUGUGCGUGGAGCGUCGUCGAGUACGGUUUUGUCUUUGUCUCAGUUGUCGUUACUCUAGUCGGGGUGGUUGACUGCAGUCUUUCAUUUGUCGGCGCUGCAGACCGACGUCGGCAAGCCGCCAUUCCUAGCCGGCAGGUGGCAGGCAGAGCGCAGUGUAGGUGGCAGCACCAGUCAUCAUUCGUCGUGCACGGUGCACCUGUACGAUAGAGCUCCACUGGGCGCACCGAGACACCUGUACCUACUGUCGGCCGACGCCAUAAAACUUACCGCGCGAGGGCGGUAUUCAUGUCAGUUGUUUUGUUUCCAUUAUGAAUGCAACCAGGGUUGCCAAUAAAAGACUAAGCAUUGU